AUCAAUGAGGGAAGUCAGCAUUGCAGCAGCUGCGGCGAACAAAUGUCAGCGUAUUUCUGUUUUAUAUGCAAAUAUUUUACCGGGGUGGAAAAGAACCUAUUUCACUGCGUUAAAUGUGGUAUUUGUCGGUAAGUUGUUACUGACAGGAGUUCCGAUAAUUAGUUAUAAUCAAUUUUAAACUAUUCCUUUAGCUCCCUCCUUAAGACGUCGAUUCGGAAAGAACACAAAAUUUGCCAUCUCUUCUUAAAGAACCCAGGCUAUAUUCUGAGGACAUAAGGGACAGGUUGAGACAAAUUCAGUUUUUCUUCGUGGUUGUGGUUAGUUUUGUAGAGGCGUUGGUUGAUGGCCUGAAAAACCGAAGGACGUGAUUGCAUUUUAAAAUAAACGUACUAGCUUUGGUAUUGUGUUGUUGAUAGUUAUUUAAAACUGCUAUCAUCUGGGUUAACGUUACGUUAUACGACUUCACUGAGUCACUAGGUGCAUAAUGGGGACAUGUGCAGGCAAAUUUGAUACGAUGGCAUUGAAAAUUAAUGCUUCUCUGCAAAAGAAAAAGUUAGGGCGAUUUGGAGACAAAAGGAUUAUUGGCUCUGUAAGAGUUUCAUUUACUUAAAACUGAAGAAAAUCAAUCAAUCUUUCAGAAGCUUUUUUUGUUUUUUGCCUUGAAUAGUAUCCACAAGGACAAAUCGUUUCACUGUGAUGUUUGCAACGUGUGUCUGGACAAACGGCUUGAAGGGAAACAUAAGUGCAGGCCCGAUUCCGGACACGACGAGUGUUGUAUAUGCUUAGAGGUAAGUGAAGACUGACUAUUUUUCGCCAAGAUUACAUGUACAUCCGCGACAGUUAUGCAUCUCUUUUUUUCGAAUAGUCAAACUCGUAUUGUUGCUAAACUGGCAUGAAGUUGACAAGGGAGGUGGAAAUAAAUGAUCUCUGGGGACUAAGUCCUGUUUUGUUGAUAUGGUGGAACAUCAGUGAUGUUCCACUGCAUCAAGCUUUAGAUUUUUCACUUGUCCCUCGGAGACGGAGAAAUGGGCAAUGGUUAAUACAUUAUAAAAUUCCCCGUUAUUUGUAACCCGCCGGUGCUGACAGUUGCACAAUAAUUGACGGCUUAAUCUCGACUACAAGUAAAACCUUUCUUUCUGAGUACCAAACUUUUAUAAGCUUCUAACGUAACAGAUAGUUUUGACAAACCCAGUUUGCACAGUAAAGUGUGCUGCCAUAUUUAUAGUACAUGCGUUUUGUUCACUGAGAGCAAGCUAGGUGAAACGGGACGACGCAUGUUUACGUUGUAAUUAAAUCAACUUUGUGUAUUCUUCACAGGAUGCGUUCAGCGGUUGUCAGAUCCUGCCAUGCUCGCACAAGGUCCAUAAGGAGUGUGCCAUUGCUAUGAUUCAGAACGGAGUGUAAGUGGCCAACAGAAGUAGAUAAACAAAUGAUAAAUAAUAAUGAUUUAUAGAAUAUCUACAUAAUGGUGCUUUGUCGGCCAUUUCUCAUUGAAUUGGAAUCUGGAAAUGUUGUUUUUGAGGAGAUGGAAAAACCGGAGUACCAAGAAAAAACAAAAACAAAAACAAUAGAAGGGCGUGCACCAAAACUCAACUCCCUCUAGCGGCUUACGAGUGCUUUUUAACAACAACAACAACAACAACAAAUUUUAUUGAAAAUUGGAAAAUAACAAAUUACAUUACUUUCCCACCUGCAAAUAGCUUAUAAACUAAUCGAGGUGGGGGGAGCUGAAGACAUAUUACAAAACAAGAUUUAUAUAUAGAUGGACUAAAUAACAGUGAAGACACUACUAUACAGUUAAUAGAAUUUAAACUAACAUAAAACAAGGCAAGUACAUAACGAUUACGAAGAGAGGCUAACCUAAAGUAUUAAAUAACCUAAUACCACUACGCAGCCCCUGUACGGCAGAGCCGGGGGGUGGGAGGGGUUGUGCGGAUUUAGCCUUUCCCUACUAUUUCCAAAAAGACAGAAAGACAGUCUGUUCUAGGCUAAAAGAUAGUGCAGUAAAAAGUGAUGCAAAAAUUGCGCGGGGUCUGGGGAGAGAUGGGCUCCAGAUCACGCGCGUCUUAUUUUUCGUUGGACGUCCCUACUAUCUGAAAGGCUGGCCAAACUAACAGACGCAAAGGCAGACAGACGGACACUUUAUUUCAACACGGAGUUUCUUCAACUUUUUUUUUAGACUUGCAGAGAGGAAACUCUCCGCAACUUCUUCCAUUUCAAGCCCGAGACCGAAGUGAUUGAGAUAAUUUAUUUUCUUAUGUUUGCCUCUUUCUGUUUUCCAGACGAAACUGUCCGAUAUGCCGCCAUCCUUUGUUUAACCAAGACUCACAGUAG